CAAAUUAAGGUAUUGAUUUAACUGUCCAUCAUCAUAUACAUUCAUACUACAGUAUAAAAUUUUGGGAAUUCAUUUCAUUUUCAAGUUUCAGUCUUUCUAGUUUCUAGGUGGUGACACUUGGGAUUCGUUUCUCUCCCCUUCCAAACCCCCGGCCACGGCAGCCCGGCCCGGCCCGGCCCAAGCGGGCUCACUGUUCUUCCAUUUCCAUCUAACAAAAAUGGCAACAGAAGUUGAAUGUUGAUCAUCGAAGCCUACUAUAAGCAACUCGCCAGAAUCUAGCAUUACCAACGUUGUUCAUCAAUUCAAGUCAAUAAUCCUUCAUGUAGUUGGCAUUUGGACUGUGUUGUUGGCAAUAAUGGAUCCAGUCAGUGGGAAUAGUCUCAGCAAUAGUCCUAGUCUGUCUUCAAAGCAACGGCUCCGUUGGACCCAUGAACUUCAUGAGCGUUUUGUUGAUGCGGUGGCACAACUUGGUGGGCCAGAUCAUCUUGUACCUUUCAGGUGCUACACCCAAAGGUGUCCUUAGGGUCAUGGGGGUACAGGGCUUGACUAUAUAUCAUGUCAAAAGCCAUUUACAGAAAUAUCGUCUUGCUAAGUAUCUUCCUGAUUCUUCAGCUGAGGGGAAGAAAGCAGACAAGAAGGAAUCUGCUGAUUUGCUUUAUGGUUUGGAAAGUUCAUCUGGUAUGCAAAUCACUGAGGCACUAAAGCUGCAGAUGGAGGUGCAGAAGCGAUUGCAUGAGCAACUGGAGGUGCAAAGACAGCUGCAAUUACGAAUAGAAGCACAAGGUAAGUACUUAAAGAAAAUAAUAGAAGAGCAGCAGCGCCUUAGUGGAACCCUUGCUGAAGUGCCAGGCUCUGGAGAUUUUGGGUCAGGCCAACUAAUGCCUGACAAGCACCUCUGCUCUGACUCUACAAAGAGUGACCCAGCAACACCUGUUCCGACCUCGGAGUCACCCUUAGGAAAGAACAGCAAAGAUUGUGCAGUUGCUAAAUCCCUGUCUUUAGACGAGUCUUUCUCAUCUCAACAGGAGCCAUUGACUCCUGACUCUACUUGCCUUGAUGCCACCACAUGUGAGAAUCUUAAUGAAGCGAGGUUAGUAAAGAAAGCUUGUUUGACCAAUGAUGAAUCAUUUUCAAACCAAGAGAUAUUUUUCACCGAGCAGAUACUAGAGUCUGGUAUGACUCCGUCUCUUCAACAAAGCCACCCCGUUUAUGCUGGAGAACUAUUUGAUCCUUCUGCUUUAUCACUUGGCAAGGAAUAUCGCUCAGAAUAAUUAUGAAGAAGUAUCUGAUGUCCUUUCUUUUACUGUCAUCUUGUCAGGCCUUCAAUAGUAAGUAUCUUCAUGUACCUUUUUGUUUCCACUGUUACAUUCCUUCUGCUAGAUACCUGUUACUAUUCAGGCUUCUAUUGCUAAUAUGAUCAGGCUUCAGGACAAGAGCAGUUGCAAUAGAAAACUUGAGCUCUGAAACCCUUUGCAAUAUUGAUGCAGUAGAAGUUUGGGAGAUUCACCUCUGGUGCUGAGCAUUCUGGAUCUUUUCCGUUGUUUGUCUUAGUUUCUGCCCUGGAUCUUAACCGCUUAUCACGUUGAGCACAUUUCUGGUCAUAGCAUUUGGAAAUGUUGUUACACUUGCUCAUAACUUACAUAUUUGGUGACAGAAAGGGGAGGUAAAUGAAAAGAUAUGACCAACAGUUGAUGUUGGCCACAUAUUUUGGCUACUUGUUAUUUAAUAAUCAUAUAAAAUGGUUUUUUCUUUCGUGUUAAGACCAAUCGUCAAAAAUGAAUUUAAAUUUGCUUGAUAUGUGGAUAUGGGUCAAGCGAAUAUGGGUCGGAGAUGGAUCUACGGAGGCUUUUGAAUCAACAAACAUUGAGUACUGAGAUUUGAUCUAGAAUAUCUCUCUAUUCAGAAAAGCACAUCAUUCAUGAGGCUAAUUGUAUGGUUGUGUGGAUUGGUAACUGUGGCCUCUUAGUCUAAGUGUCUGUUUUGAUUUUGGAUGAUGUUAUAGGUUUUGCUUUGGAUGCUUUUUCUUAGUUGUGAACUUGUGAUUUUUUAGGUACAAGAAAUGUUUCUUAAAAUAUUAUCUUUUAAUAGAUAGUAUUUCUUAAUUUAGACUA